UCUACCCGUCUGCCUCUCUACCCGUCUGCCUGUCUGCCUCUCUACCCGUUUGCCUCUCUACCUGUCUGUCUAGUUCCUGCUCAGAGUGGAGAGCUGGGUUCAGGUGUGCUCUGAAGGGCCGUUUCCGUCAGCGACAGCAGAGCUGGACGCUGCGACGAAGAAACACCAGGAAGUGAACGAGGAGAUCUCUGCUAACUACACACAGGUCAGUGAGAGCGGUAAAGCCUUAAUGGACGUUCUCCAGCGUUGCCCAGCGACCGACUCAGACAACGCUGCGACCAAACCGGACUUCACCAAUGCCACGCACGGCAUCAUGGGAGUUCUGCACCAGGUCAUGCAGGGUCACCAUGAGGUGGAGGGGGCGUGGCAGCAUCGUAAGCUCCGCCUCCACCAGCGCCUGCAGUUGUGUGUGUUUCAACAGGAUGUCAGACAGGUGUUGGACUGGGUUGAGCAGCACGGUGAGGUUUUCCUGAACAAACACAGCGGCGUGGGGAAGUCUCUGCACCGAGCGAGAGCGCUGCAGAAACGCCACGACGACUUCCAGCAGGUCGCACAGAACACUUACACUAAUGCAGAGAAGCUUCUGGAAGCAGCCGAUCAGCUGGCUCAGUCUGGAGAGUGUGAGGAGGAGGAGAUCUACCAGGCAGCCAGAGACCUGGAGCUCCGCAUGCAGGCGUUCAUCCAGAGAGUUGAACAGAGGAAGCUGCUGCUGGACCUCGCUGUGUCUUUCUACACACACACCAAGGAGCUCUCGGUAUGGAUGGAGGGCCUCCAGAAGCAGCUGUCGUCUGAUCUCUGUGUUUGUCCCGACACCGUUGAGUCUCUUCAGGCUCUGAUGAGUCAGCAGCAGCAGCAACAGGCCAACACACAGGAAGCAGCGAUGAGUGUCAUCCGGGAAGGAGAAGACCUCAUCCUGCAACUCAGGCCUCAGGGCAGCUCGGUGGCCCAGGUGGAGACAGUGCUUCAGCAGCUGGAGGAGUCUCACGUUCAGCUGGAGGAACUUUUCCACCAGAGGAAGAUCCGACUGGACGUCAACCUGCAGCUCCGCAUCCUGCAGCAGUGCACUCUGGAGGUAACGGGGGAAAUGGACGCCUGGAAGCAAGACCUCCAGAAACAGACCCAGGACUUCUCCGCAGAGAAGCUAGCGUCGUCGCGGCUAGCCGACGCCAACCAGGACAAGCUAACGUUGGGCCAGUCGCGGCUGGUGGAGGCUAGCCCGGAGGUGCUAACGCUGGCGCAGCAGCGCAUCCACAGGCACAUGGAACGGAGGCUGGCUAUGAACAACAUGAUCUAUGAGGUCAUCCAGCAAGGCCACGAUCUCCAGCAGUACAUCACCGAGGUUCAGGCCUCAGGUAUUGAGCUGGCGGAGGCGGAGGGGGGUCUCUCCGCUCAGGUGGAGGAGCUGCAGCGCCUCCUGCAGGACAAACAGAAGGAGCUGCAGCAGAUUGCGGAUCACACACAACACCUGGAGCAGAACCUACAGCUGAGACACCUGCAGAGCCAGGUGAAGCAGGUGCUGGGCUGGAUCUCAGAGGGGGAGGUGAUGCUGUCGUCCUGCAUGUUGAACUCCAGCUGUCUGUCUGAAGCUGAGCAGCUGCAGAGGGAACACGAGCGCCUCCAGCAGGCCAUCGAGGCUCUGCUCCACGCUGACUCCCUGCAGAGGACCCACCAGGUGGCUCUGGCUCUGCAGCAGAGAGCCGAGCUGCUGGUCAGGUCAGGUCACUAUGACCCAGAUGCAGUGAGGUCUUGUGCCCAGACGGUGGCGCUGCACUGGCAGACUCUGAUGCUGAGGAUCGAGGACCGACUCAAACUGGUCAACGCCUCAGCAGCCUUCUACAGGACGUCCCAGCAGGUGUGCGGGGUGCUGGAGAGUCUGGAGCAGGAGUACCGCCGGGAGGAGGACUGGUGUGCAGGAGGAGAGAGGCAGCCGGAGCUCCUCCUGCCGCUCGUCAGCAAACACAUGGAGCAGAAGGAGGCGUUCCUGAAGGCCUGCACUCUGGCGAGAAGGAACGCUGAAGUCUUCCUCAAGUACAUCCACCGUAACAGCGUCACCAUGGCGAACAUCUCGGGCCACAGCAUGUCGGGGGUCACCGAGGUCACGGGUCACUCCAGGGUCCCAGAGCAGCAGGUCAAAGGUAUCCUCAGUGAGCUCCUCCAGAGGGAGAACCGAGUCCUCCACUUCUGGACUCUGAAGAAGCGUAGACUGGAUCAGUGCCAGCAGUACCUGAUGUUCCAGAGCCACGCCCACCAGGCUCUGGAUUGGCUGCAGCAGUCAGGUGACCACUACCUGAUAACGCACACGACGCCGGGGUCAACCGUGGUCGAGACGCAAGAACUGCUGAAUCAACACCGAGAGUUCUGUGUAUCCGCCAAGCACACGCAGGAAAAGGUUCACCUCCUCAUCCAAUUGGCUGAGAGCAUGCUGGCUAAAGGACACGCCCACCGGGCUGAGCUCCGCCGCUGCGUGUCCGCGGUGGACAAACGGUACCGAGACUUCACCGUCCGGAUGACUCAGUACCGCCACCUGCUGGAGGCGGCACUGGGAGGCUGCUCACAGGACAAUAAGGACUUGGAGUUGGAGCUGAUCCCAAACAGUCUGUCGGACUCAGACCCCGAGGUGAACCUGUCCGACCCCAGUCACCAGGUCAGCGACGAGAAGAGGCGCUCUGCCCGCAAGAAAGAGUACAUCAUGGCUGAGCUGCUUCAAACUGAGAGAGUCUACGUCAGAGAUCUGCAGGAGUGUAUUGAGACGUACCUGUGGGAGAUGACGAGCGGCUCAGAGGACGUCCCACCUGGUCUCAGCAACAAGGACGACAUCGUGUUCGGAAACAUCCAGGACAUCUACGAGUUCCACAACAGUAUUUUCCUGAAGGAGCUGGAAAACUAUGAACAGCUUCCCGAGGAUGUCGGACACUGUUUCGUUACCUGGGCGGAUAAGUUCCACAUGUACGUGACGUACUGCAGAAACAAACCAGACUCCAGUUUACUGAUCCAGCAGCAAGGAGCCGGAUUCUUUGAGGAGGUCCAGAGGAGACACGGUCUGACAAACUCCAUCUCCUCAGCUCUCAUCAAACCGGUUCAGAGGAUCACCAAAUACCAGCUGCUGCUCAAGGAGUUGUUGGCGUGCUGCGAGGAGGGAAAAGGCGAGAUCAAAGAAGGCCUGGACGUGAUGCUGAGCGUCCCGAAGAGAGCCAACGAUGCUAUGCAUGUUAGCAUGCUGGAAGGUCUGGAGGAGGGUCUGGAGGUGCAGGGUGAGCUCCUCCUCCAGGACUCCUUCCUGGUGUGGGAGCCCAAGUCUCUGAUCAGGAAGGGGCGGGACCGGCACCUCUUCCUGUUCGAGCUGUCACUCAUCUUCAGCAAGGAGAUCAAGGACUCGUCCGGACGAACCAAAUAUCUGUACAAGAGCAGACUGAGGACCUCAGAGCUCGGGGUAACGGAGCACAUCGAGGGGGAUCCCUGUAAGUUCGCUCUGUGGGUCGGACGAACGCCGACGUCCGACAACAAGACGGUCCUGAAGGCGUCGUCGCUGGAGCUGAAGCAGGAGUGGGUCCGCAGCAUUCGACAGGUGAUCCAGGAGAGGCGUGGCCACCUGCGGGGUGCUCUGAGGGAGCCCAUCCCCCUCCCCAAAACACCAAACCCCACCCUGGGGCGACAGCGCAGCAUCAGUCGCAGGGAGACCAGCGAGGACGCAGACAGUCUGGGCGAUGCCAGCAGUCAGCCAGACACCGUCUCCAUCGCCUCCAGAACGUCACAAAACACCGCCGACAGCGACAAGCUGUCGGGAGGCUGCGAGUUAGUGGUGGUGUUGUUGGACUUCUCCUCCGGGGGACCCGGGGAGCUCGGCGUCCGCUGUGGUCAGACGGUGGAGCUGGUGGAGCGCUCGGCCGAAAGGCCCGGGUGGUGUCUGGUCAGAACGACAGAUCAAACGCCCCCGCAGGAGGGUCUACUGCCGAUGAGCGCCCUCUGUCUGUCACACUCCCACAGUGCAGCCGACAUGGAGGGGCUCAUCCCGGCUUCCACCACCUCCUCCUCCAGCACCUCCUCUACGAGCACCACCACCUCCUCCUCCUUCAACUCCUCCUCCACCACCACCUCCUCCUCUACUACUGCCUCCAACUCCUCGUCCAAUGCAGGGAGGGACUCCGGUCUCUACGGCUCUGAUGGACUCCAGACGUCCGGCCAAAGUGCCGUCUGUCCCGCGGCGUUCGGAGUGGGCGGAGCUCCAGGGGGCGCCGUCGGCUCUCCGGGGCCAAAACGCAGCGGCUCUGGAACCGGAAACACCCUGAAGCGCUGGUUGACGAGUCCCGUCCGGAGGCUGAGUCAGGGCAAAGCCGACGGACAGAAGAAACCUCCAAUCAGAACCAGGAGGCGGGACAACAGGCCGGAGCUGGCCACGCCCCUCACUGGCAACGCACAGACGCAGAAGGCGAGGAAGGAGGAGGCGGGGCAGAGCGGAGGGGAGGAGGAGCCAGAGGAGGAAAGCAACACCCUUUUACCUCCUCCCAUGCAGAUCAUCAAAGACCCAAACAACCCCGAGGCUCUGGAUUCAGAUCAGGGCUCCAACGAGUCGGACACGGAGCAGAGGAACAAAGCUCUGAGAGGACGAAUGUUUGUGGUGAACGAGAUGAUCCAAUCAGAGAAGGACUACGUGAAGGACCUGGCUGUGAUCGUUGAGGGCUUCAUGUCCCGGCUGGAGGUCCGAGGAAUCCCAGAGGACAUGAGAGGAAAAGACAAGAUCGUCUUUGGAAACAUCCAGCAGAUCUAUGACUGGCACCGCGAUUUCUUCCUCGUGGAGUUGGACCGAUGUGUUCAGAAUCACGACCUGCUGGCCGACCUCUUCAUCCGACACGAGCGUCGCCUCCACAUGUACGUGGUUUACUGUCAGAACAAGCCGAGGUCAGAGUUCAUCGUCAUCGAGUACGACAGCUUCUUCGAGGACAUCCAGCACGAGAUCAGCUGCAGGAUGUCGAUCAGUGAUUAUCUGAUCAAACCCAUCCAGAGAAUCACCAAAUACCAGCUGCUGCUGAAGGAUUUUCUCAAGUAUACGUCCAAAGCAGGACUGGACUGUGAAGAGAUCGAGAAAGCGGUGGAGCUGAUGUCAUUGGUGCCGAAGCGCUGCAACGACAUGAUGAACCUGGGACGCCUGCAGGGAUACGAGGGGAAGCUGACGUCUCAGGGGAAGCUGCUGCAGCAGGAGACCUUCUGUGUUUGGGAGCAGGACGGAGGAGUUCUGUCUCGCAGUAAAGAGCGCAGAGUUUUCCUGUUCGAGCAGAUAGUUAUUUUCAGCGAACUGCUGCGCAAAGGCUCCAACAACCCGGGGUACCAGUUCAAAAACAGCAUCAAGGUGAGUUACCUGGCGAUGCAGGACAGCGUGGACGGGGAACCCUGUAAGUUCGUGUUGUGGUCUCGGGGUUCGGAAGAGCGCUUCACGCUGCAGGCGUCCUCCACCAGCAUCAAAACCACCUGGGUGGAGACCAUCGCCACCCUGCUGGAUGCACAGAACAACUUCCUGUCAGCUCUUCAGUCUCCCAUUGAGUACCAGAGGAAGGAGGGCGGGAUCUCGGUGACCCGGCCUUUGUCGUCAGGGCGACCGCCGUCGGCCCCGCCCACGCCCAACGGCCACGCCCCUCAGCCUCCUCCUGACAGCGAGCAGGACGACCAGGAGCUGGUACUGGUGCUGCAGGACUUUGUGGCGGUUCGGGAGGACGAGAUCUCCGUGUUUCGGGGCGAGAAGGUUCAGAUUCUGGCGUCCAACCAGCAGGGUCAGAGUCUGGUGUACCGGCCGGCCAACAGUGACUCGCCGGCCGCCGAGGGCUGGGUGGCACGCAGCGUUCUCAACACACACUGACACAUACAAAUAUACGCAACAAUACACUGACAGCAGAGUCCGGUUUACUACGAGUACACACGUAAAAUACUGCAAGGUAGCAGGGCCAGAGGCAUGCUGGGAAGUUCUUUUAUGACGGUGAGAGGUGUAGCCUUAAGGUGGAGAUGUCCAAUACAACCUAAAAUAUCGAAACAACUCCAGAUGUUUUCUGUAGCACCACCAUCCUGGAUACGCUGUCGAUGAUUUGAACAGUUAUUUUCUCGGCGUUGUCGAUGAUUUUAACUGUUAUUUUCUCGGCGUUGUCGAUGAUUUGAACAGUUAUUUUCUCGCCGUUGUCGAUGAUUUGAACUGUUAUUUUCUCGCCGUUGUCGAUGAUUUGAACAGUUAUUUUCUCGGCGCUGUCGAUGAUUUGAACAGUUAUUUUCUCGCCGUUGUCGAUGAUUUGAACUGUUAUUUUCUCGGCGUUGUCGAUGAUUUGAACUGUUAUUUUCUCGGCGUUGUCGAUGAUUUCAACAGUUAUUUUCUCGCCGUUGUCGAUGAUUUCAACAGUUAUUUUCUCGCCGUUGUCGAUGAUUUCAACAGUUAUUUUCUCGCCGUUGUCGAUGAUUUCAACAGUUAUUUUCUCGGCGCUGUCGAUGAUUUGAACAGUUAUUUUCUCGGCGCUGUCGAUGAUUUGAACAGUUAUCUUCUCGGCGUUGUCGAUGAUUUUAACUGUUAUUUUCUCGCCGUUGUCGAUGAUUUGAACAGUUAUUUUCUCGCCGUUGUCGAUGAUUUGAACAGUUAUUUUCUCGGCGUUGUCGAUGAUUUGAACAGUUAUUUUCUCGCCGUUGUCGAUGAUUUGAACAGUUAUUUUCUCGGCGUUGUCGAUGAUUUGAACUGUUAUUUUCUCGGCGUUGUCGAUGAUUUGAACUGUUAUUUUCUCGGCGUUGUCGAUGAUUUGAACUGUUAUUUUCUCGCCGUUGUCGAUGAUUUGAACUGUUAUUUUCUCGCCGUUGUCGAUGAUUUGAACUGUUAUUUUCUCGCCGUUGUCGAUGAUUUGAACUGUUAUUUUCUCGGCGUUGUCGAUGAUUUCAACAGUUAUUUUCUCGGCGUUGUCGAUGAUUUCAACAGUUAUUUUCUCGGCGUUGUCGAUGAUUUCAACAGUUAUUUUCUCGCUGCUGUCAAUUUGAACAGGGUUCGGGCUAAAGCUAUCCAGCGUUUCAGAGACAGAACAUAACUUUCUACCCUGCGACCCCUUGGAGGGUCUCGACCCUUAUGUUGGAACAGAUGUCUCCGUCCUCCAGGCUCCACAGUCAUAAACUGAGAGAUGAUGAAUGUUUUCUGACACACUUUAAACCCUGAUUACCUGCCAGUAUUAGAAAGUCCCAGCAGCAGGUACCGUUAGUGUCCUCCCUCCUGGUGCCUCAACGUUCAACCAAAAACACGCCUCCAGUCCUCGCCUCGUCCAAUCAGACGUAGCCGUCCAGUUUACUGCCCCCCCCCGAGCAAUGAUGACGUCACAGACUGUCUCCUGCGUGAUGUCAGCGGGAGGGAGGCCACAUGACCACAUCGUCAUCACCGACGACAACAAACUGUGAUUCCAGGAAGCUGAAACGAGAGACAAUUAAAAAAAAAAAAGUAAAAUAAUAAUAAAAAGCCUCCUGGAAGAGAAGAGGUGGAAAAGACCCGUCAGCCAAUCAGAACGGCCCUCUCUCUCUCUGCGUGUCAUCCUGUUAAUAGUGUGUAUAAACAGACUGAGGACACACACACACACACACUCACACACACUGCACACAAACACCCCACUGCUAAGAUGAUGACGAUGAAGAAGAUUUAACUCUGAUGAUUAUGAUACUUAAGAAUAUUAGAAACUGUUUUUCACCUCAACUAGAAAAAAAAGAGAAACUGUUUUGUCAUAUUGUUUGUAUGUGUGUGUGUGUGUGUGAGAGAGAGAGAGAAUGUGUGUGUGUGUUAUUGACGACGUCCCGUGUGUGUUUUUCCACGGACAGUUAGGUGGUGUCCCGGUGUAGCGUUGCCAUGACGACUCGUUGUUUGCGGUGACACCAGUUUUUUUGUCUUUUUAGCGAACCAGAGCUGCCGCCGGCCCUUCCUCCUUGCCUUCCCUUCCUCCUUUCCUUCCCUUCCUCCUUUCCUUCCUCCCUUCCUCCUCCUCUUGUACAUGCAGCUCUGGUUAGUUUGGAUAUUAUGCAUUUCUUGUUCCUGUAAAUAGACCAGACCUCCAACUGCUACUCCACUAACUCUGGACACUGAAAACUCUCUCUACCUGUCUCUCUCUCUCUCUCUACCUGUCUCUCUCUUUCUCUCUACCUGUCUCUCUCUCUCUCUGUUUCUCUGGUGCCAUUCUCAGACAACACCCCGGUCCUUAAGGA